AUGUUUCUUAUUCUUUCCUUUCCUUUCCCCCCUCCACGUGCAGUUCCAGCUCCGAAGCCAAUACUGUUUCCACUAAAUAUUCCAGAUGUGCUAGUCUCUCCACCUCCAAGUGAGAUGCAUGUUCAGUUGAACUCAACUAGAGAAGACAGCUCUACAGUAGUGGCUACACAGCCACUUUCAUCAACAGAAAAUGUAUUUCCUAAAUUAAUUCUGUCAAGGGAGAACGGAACAUCAAAUGGGAGUGGCAAGACUGAUAAGAUUUUGCUCAAACUCUUAGUAUCGUCCUUCGCUUCUUAUGGUUCUUCACCACCCGGCUGCAGCGAUGAACUGGUGGCCUUCUCUCCGUGCCUCGGCUACGUGUCGGCACCGCCAAACAGAGUCACAGACACGGCGACUGCUCGGUGCUGCGAUGCCUUCUCCAAGGCAUUGAAUUCCAGUGACGGUAACUGCUUCUGUUACCUAAUCAAGCAGCCUCUAAUCUUCGGAUUCCCAUUGGAUGAAUCCAGAGUGAUUGCUUUGCCUUCUGCUUGCUCUCUGUCAAGUCCUGUAUCUUUGGACUCGCUCUGCUCAGGGUCUCCAGCACUGCCCCCUCUCCGAGGCACGACAGCUUCAGUGCCUGGUCCUGAUGAUCUUCAUCAAUUAGCACCAAGUUUGCCACCAGAAUCUGUUGAUGGAUCACCCGCAAGCCCAGUUUCACCUAUAGCACCAGCAUCGCAUUCAUCAGCAGAGAAACACAACAGCAACGGCUGGUUUCUACCUGGAGUCCUAACUCCCACUGUAAUCUUCAAUCUGUAUUGUUGCAAUCAUCGUAUGCUUACCACUUGA